AUGUACAGAUUGGCUCACUCUGCAGAAUAUCAGGAAAAGGUUUAUCAAGAAUUGUUAGAAGUUUUUGGUGAACCAACUUUGGAAGAAGUCACCUCUGAAAAUGGAUUGCACAUCACUGCCGAGCAGUAUAAGAAAUUGAAACUCACCAAACAAUUUGUUGAGGAAGUGUUGCGUGUUAAUCCAUUUGCCUUCAUUGGAGGUGGUAGAAUUUUGAGUGAUGAUAUGAUUAUUCGUGGUUACAAAAUUCCAAAAGACACUCAAGUUUUAUGUAUUCAAAGAUUUGCUAAUACUCGUGACGAAUUUGUUCCACGUGCAAAUGAAUUCAUUCCAGAACGUCAUGAAAAGGGAUCUCCUAUUGGAUUGUCCAAUAAUUAUAUUAGUACACCUUUUGGUAUUGGUGCUCGUAAAUGUCCUGGAAGUAGAAUUGCUCUCCACGAACUUCACAUGGCCAUCAUUAAUACAGUAAGACAUUUCAAACUCGAACAUAGUAAUCCAGAAUCAUUCCCUCCAACAAGUUACGAUCAGGCUCUUCUUUAUAUUGACUUGGAAAAGAAUCCACUCUACUUUACUCCAAGAGAUCAUUUAAAGGAACACUUUUAUUCUCUUAAACAAUCAAAAAAGAAUGAAUAA